AUGCCAGGGCGUGGACCAAGAUCGCCUGGUCCAGUUGAGAGGAGUGCCACCCCUGAAUGUUCAGGAAAUGCACCAAGGGAUACCUUGCACCCCAUUCAACGAGAACGUAGCAAUUCCCGUCGCAGCUUGACGCCCACCCCACCCGAACCGUCGACUGCUCAAGUAGAGAAGGCAACCAAGAAGCUGCGACGACAGGUUUCGAACCUGGAGGACGAGAUUUCCAGGUUCAGAAAGCAAGAGCGCGUCAACUCAAAAAUGAAGAAACAGCUGGACGAGCUCGAAGCUCGCGAACGAGGAUGGAACGAAACGACACUCGCUUUAUCGCAGGCCAGGGAUGACAACGACCUCCUUCGCGUCCAAGUUUCGGAAAUGCAGGAGACAAUCGACCGUCAGAUGCAAGAACUCUCGGAAUAUAAGCGCCAACUCGCCAAGUCCGAGGACAAGCGCUUAUCGGCUGAGCAUGCCAAUGCACGACUCCAGCGAGCGCUAAAGGACAAGGGGUGUGUCCUCAGGAGGGAGCAUCAGCAUCUGAACUCCCGGAUAUCGCAUACCGAACUCAAUCUUCAACGGGUCCUCGGGGCUGUGUCAAGGAAUAGCGAACUCAGUGACCGCCUUCUCGAAACAGAGCGGGAAGUUGCAUCCCUUCAACGGCAGCUGGCGGAGGCAAGGAGCGAGAAUGCUCGCCUUGUCUGCCUUUCUGCGCGUCGACAAGAGUCGCUUCCGCCGCCUCCGUAUGAAUCCACAGUUGGGCUCCGCUCGUGA